UGCUCUCCGCCGCCAAAGGCGAGACCGGGAGCCGGGUUAGGGGCGGGCCUUCCGGGAAAAGGGCGCCUGGGGGAAGCAGGUCACCACUAGGGACUCCUGCUCCUUGGUGCCCCAGAAAUGUCAUCGCUUUCAGAAUACGCCUUGCGCAUGUCUCGUCUGAGUGCCCGGCUGUUUGGGGAGGUUGCCAGGCCUACUGAUUCUAAAUCCAUGAAGGUGGUGAAACUGUUUAGUGAGCAGCCUUUGGCCAAGAGGAAGGAGACUUAUGACUGGUACCCAAAUCACAACACUUACUUCGCACUCAUGGGGAUACUGCGUUUUUAUGGCCUCUACAGAGAUGAGCAUCAGGACUUCAAGGAUGAGCAGCUGCGUCUGAAGAAGCUUCGUGGAAAGGGGAAACCAAGGAAAGGAGAAGGGAAACGAGCAACAAAGAAGAAGUAGCAUCGGUCACAGAAAGGAAACUUCCUCCUUGACGACUGAGAGCAGGAAAAAGAGUGUUUAUUGUCUUCCCCCACGUGGGGAGUGUAAGCUUGUAUCUGGAGGAACACAGUCCUCUCCACACUGAAAUCUGACCCAGUUAAACUGCGACUGAUUUCUUGAACACAUUCUAAUUCUGCAAAAUUAUUUUGGCUUUGGUUUUGUAAUCUGAGGUUUGCUUCAUUCCCUAAGAAAAAAGUGCAUAAAUUAUUGUUGAAUGGCUUGUUCGGGGUGAGAGUGGGAUGUUGGGGAAGUGGAAGGGAAACAUUAAACAAGCACCCUGUAGUCUCA